AAUCAGGGAUGGUCCACGAAUGCGCUUCGACGAGGAAGGGAUUGCGGAGAUCGAACGGACAAAGGACUAUGGGUUCAUGAAGAUUGACGAGCCCAAGACCCCAUACCAUGCACCAGAAGAGGAGACAAACGGCAUCACAGACGUGCCCGAUCUUGAACUUGCAGAGCAAGAGAGUGAUGGUGAAGAUAAGAAGACGGAGGACUGGUCAGACGGAGACGAUGAAUCUGGCGAAGACGCCGCCUUCAAAAAGAAGCGUGCCGCCCACUAUAAUGAAUUCCAGAACGUGCAACGGGCGAGAGAACUACUUGAACAGGAGGAUGAAGACGAGUAGAUGCACACCCACUGCCUAGUAACUUCUGGCUACGAAUACCUAUGUAGCAUUGCUACCCCUGCUUAUGUAUUUUGGUGUACGCCCGACAUACAUCUCUGUAAGUCUUGGAGGGUAUCCCGGACAGGCUAUACGAGACGUACUCUUUGAUGGGGCGCUGACAACAAUCAUCUGAGUGGAGUGUUUGCCGUAAGUAGCUUCAAUACCUACUCGUAUACUACAGUGACAGUCUAGGUCCACUCGGACUAGCUGGCACAGGCUGGCAUAGCCUGAGCAACGGCUUUUUGAUGCACGUCUGUGAGCUAAUUAUGGUGCGGAACAGUUGUUUGUGUACGAAUAUAUCUUUGACUGUGUAUAGUCAUUCCAAAGAGUGGGUAGUGUAUGUGAAUUUAAAUUUAUUUACAUAUAUAUGUCUGCCUCGUGUGCAUGGCGUUACAGGCGGUGAUGCUUGACGCUGGCCAUACAACUUCGAAAAUCUGCGUGAUAUGAGCACUCUGUAUCACAAAGUUCAAAUAUGUAUGUCACAGGAACAUUAUUAUGUAUACCAAUAAAGAUGUCAUAACCA